GCAACGGGUUCAUCCAAAUUUCAAACACAAAGGAAAAUAGAGAUGGAAAGGACAAGGAAAUUCAAGGAACACAAGAAAAUUCAAUCAACCAACCACCUCCUUUGAAAAGUAGAACCUAGAAUUUUUCCUAUUCCCUGCUUCUUUCACUACUUAGAAUUUAGCCGUUGCUCUUGUUAUCAUGGCCUCUUCUUCUUCCUCUUCAAUCAACCUUCAAUCAAAGGCAUAUGACGUGUUCAUUAGUUUUAAAGGCACAGAUAUCCGUGAUGGAUUUCUUAGCCAUUUCCAAAAAGAAUUGAAACAAAACCAAAUAGAUGUAUUUGUGGAUGAAGAACUUGAGAAAGGAGAAGAGAUCUCAUCAUCCCUGUUGGCCAAAAUUGAAGAAUCCUAUCUCUCAGUUGUGAUCUUUUCAGAAAAUUACGCAUACUCUCCUUGGUGUUUGGAUGAGCUGGUUAAAAUUCUUGAAUGUAACAUAGAGAUGGAACAAAUGAUUUUACCAGUUUUUUAUGGUGUAGAUCCCGCCGAUGUUCAAGAGCUUAAAGGAAGUUAUGGCGGUGCACUUGGGAAGUACAAAGAAGAAUCCAAUUACGAUUCAAACAAGGUGGACACUUGGAUCAACGCUUUGAAGAAAAUAAGCAACCUCUCAGGUUGGGAUUCACGGACUAUCAAGUCAGAAUCUAAACUAAUCGAGAAAAUUAUCAAUCACAUUUCAAAAAAACUGGAUGAUUAUGUGAUUUUAAGUGAUUUUUGCAAGGAUGGCUUGGUGGGAAUUAACUCGCGUGUUAAGGAUGUUCACGAGUUAUUAUGCCAGGAGUUAGAAGAUGUGCGAUGUAUUGGAAUUUGUGGAAUGGGUGGCAUAGGAAAAACAACUAUUGCUAGCAAAUUAUUUGAACAAAUUUGCAAUCAAUUUCAAGGUGGAUGUUUAAUUGCAAAUGUGAGGGAAAAAUUAAAACGGUAUACACCAGACAAUCUACAAUCUGAAAUUCUUUCUAAAGUAUUUCAGUCUGAAGGUUUAAAUAUGGGGAUUCUCCCUAUAUCAUCUGCUGCCAUCAAGAGAAGACUCUCACGACAAAAAUUUCUCAUUGUUCUUGAUGAUGUGAGUGAUUUGGAGCCAAUUGAAUUCCUAAUAGGAAAGCAAGUUGUUUUUGGUCCUGGAAGCAGAAUAAUUGUAACAAGUAGAGAUAAACAGUUGCUCAAGAAUACCGGUGCCAAAAUAUAUGAAGUCAAGAAAUUGAAUGAUGAUGAAGCUCUUCAACUAUUUAGUUUCCAUGCCUUUAAACAAAAUCUUGUGAAGAAAGAGUAUAUGCAGUUGGCACGCAAGGCAAUUGGAUUUGCUGACGGUAAUCCACUAGCUCUUAAAGUUUUGGGUUCCAAUUUAUUUGACAAGACCACGGAAGCAUGGGAAGAUAAAUUGGAGAAACUAAAAGAUAUUCCUGACAGAAAAAUUCAAGAAAUAUUGAGAAUUAGUUAUGAUGACCUAGACCAGGAUGAAAGAGAAAUAUUUCUCGACAUUGCGUGCUUCUUCAAGCGGUGGGAUAAAAAUAGAGCCAUAAGCAUAUUAGAAGGUUGUGGGUUCUUUGCAAAAUGUGGAAUAAGCCGCCUCAUUGAUAAGUCUCUCAUAAGCAUUUCAAAGGGAAAUAGAUUGGAAAUGCAUGACUUGAUACAACAAAUGGGCAAAGAUAUUGUUGGUGAGGCGAAAGAGAUUGGAAAACGAAGUAGGUUGUAUAAUUCUAAGGAUAUUUACAAAGUAUUGACAAAAGAUACGGGUACCAAAAGAAUUGAAAGUAUUUCAGCAAACAUGUACGAGAUUGGAUUUAUGGAACUAAGUUCUACAGCUUUCGUGAAAAUGUGUAAUCUCAGAUUACUCAAAUUCUACUCUUUUGGGCAUGAUCAAGUCAAAAUAGUCCUUAAUAAGGGCCUUCAAUCUCUCCCUGUGGGCAAAAUAUCCUUUGAAAGCUUUGCCAUCAAAAUUUUGUCCGCAAAAUCUUCUUUCUCAUUUAUGUUUUGUGCUGCUGUAAAUUUGAAGGUUAUUGACCUGGCGAACUCUAGGGAUUUAAUCAGAAUUCCAGACUUUUCUAGAUCCCCAAAACUCAAGGUUUUAAUUUUGAGUGGCUGUACAAGUUUGGUUGAGAUUUCUUCAUCAAUUGGAUGUCUCUCUCAACUUCGUGAAUUGGAGUUGAAUUCAUGUAUAAGCCUCAAGAGUAUUCCAAGUAGCAUCGGUGAGUUGAAAUGUCUCUUUGCACUUGAUUUUAGUGGAUGCUCAAAACUAUCAAGUCUCCCUGACAACAUUUGCAAUCUCAAAUCCCUUAUAGAACUUAAAGUUAGUAAAUGUGUGAAUCUCAAUGGACUGCCGGAGAACUUGGGAAAUUUAGAAUCUUUGAAGAGGCUUUAUGCAGAUGAAAGUGGAAUAAAAAAAUUACCAUCCUCCAUGAAUCAAUUGAGGCAAUUGUGUGAAUUGGCUUGCUCUAAAUGUAAGAAUUUGGUUGAAAUUCCCUCAUCAAUUGGAUGUCUCUUGCAACUUCGUGAAUUCGAGUUUAAUUCAUGUAUGAGCCUCAAGAGUAUUCCAAGUAGCAUUGGUGAGUUGAAUCUCUAUGAACUUGACUUCAGUGAAUGCUUACAACUAACAAGUCUUCCUGAAACCAUUUGCAACCUCAAAUCUCUUAUAUACUUUAACGUCAGUGGAUGCCUGAAUCUCAGUGGACUGCCGAAGAAUUUGGGAAAUUUAGAAUCUUUGAAGAGACUUCUUGCAAGUGAAAGUGGAAUAACAAAAUUACCAUCCUCCAUGAAUCAAUUGAGGCAAUUGUAUGAAUUGGAUUGCUCUGGAUGUGUAAAUUUGGCUGAGAUUCCUGAUCCCAUUUGUGAUCUCAAAUCUCUUAAAACGCUCAAAUUAAGUGGAUGUGUGAAGCUCAGUAGACUGCCUGAGAACUUGGGGAAUUUAGAGUCUUUACAGUGGCUUUAUGCAGAUGAAACUAGAAUAAUGAAAUUACCAUCUUCAAUCAAUCAAUUAAGGUAUUUGAUACAAUUGAAUUGCUCUGGAUGCAAAGGUUUAAUAUUGCCUCUUUUGACAGGUUUGACCAGUCUGAGAUCUCUUCAUCUAAACAAUUGUCAGAUGUUAGAACUUCCUGACAGUCUUGGCUUAGGCUCUCUAACAUCGCUGGAAUCAAUAACUUUAUGUGAAAAUGAUUUCGAGAGCAUACCAGAAAGCAUCAAACAACUCUCUGUACUUAAAUGGCUUGAUUUAAGAGGAUGCAAAAGACUUAAAUAUUUACCAGAGCUUUCAUUGCCAUCUCUGACUUAUUUAUGUGUAUCAAACUGCAUGUCUCUGAGAUCAGCAUCAAUUGUUUUCCUACCCACAAUGAACUAUCGUUGGCGUAUAUAUGAUUUCAGCAAUUGUAUCAAUUUAGAUGGAGGUGCAUAUAGAAGUUUUAUGGACAAUGUAUUGGCAGCAAAUAUUCAGGUAAAGGCUAAUUGCUAUGGUGCUAGGUUAAUUAUGGCUGGAAGUGAAGUGCCGCAGAGGAUGAGGUAUCAGAAUGGUAAUGGUUCUUCUUUGUCUUUCUCACUGGGCAAGUGUAACUUGAUGGGGCUCUCUUUCUGCGCUGUCCUUGAUCCCAAAAUUCAUCCCUCUCAUGUUUAUACGAAUAUCGGAUGUAUGGUUCUUUUCAAAGGGAAGUCUGGAUAUAGCCGUCAUGAGAAAUUGUAUUGGUUAUACGAACGUUGGGAUUAUCAAAUGAAAUUCCAAUCAGAACAUGUGUUCCUUUGGGGUAGUUCAAGCUUUUUGGAUUCCAAUUACUCUUUCAGGAAGGCAUUAUUUCAAUUCUUUGUUGUAUGCUAUGAUGAUGAUGGAGCUGGCAUGAUAACUAACAGGGAGAAGAUAGUUAAAUGUGGGGUUCAUCCAAUUUUCAAACAUAAAGAGAAAAAAAAUCAAGACAGGGGGAGGAGGAAAAGCAACCAUCUCCGUCUCAAAGAUUGAAGGAGAGCCAGGCAUAAGACUCAUUGCAGCACAGGAAUAAGACUCUGCCGAGUCAACAAAGUUUGCGAGGUGACCUUAUUCGAAGGGGGUAGCUGUUGAAGAUCCAACAGCACUACAUGGCCUGAAGCUGGAAAUUGAAUAGUAUUCAUUUGGUAAUGAUGCUCUAAUCCUUUGGGACGCCUUCAAAUAAUGGUAAGUGACUGUGUGAACGACAAGGUGGAGAUAUAUCAAGAGCUUCAAGCUUGGUGGACAGAAGUUUAAGCAAAAGGCCAUGCAGACAGGGAAGAUGAACCCUGGUGGCCUUUUCCCAAAACUUAAGAUUCUUUGAUCCAAACUUCAACAAAUUUGCGUAAGCAUAGGUCACCAUGUAGCUGUGAACUUUAGCCAAUACGUGCAUGGUGGUUACUGCCAACUGAGGAUCUAAUAUUCUGGAGGAUUUCCUUCUAUUUGUUGCUGAACCCGAAAGUUAGAUCGUUAAGAGGGAAGCUAAUGCUCUCUAACCAUUCACCAGUCAAGGAAUAUCUUGGAGAGAAAUUGGAGCCAUCAUGGAAUGAAAAUCCUGUCAUCAAGGUUGCAUCAGAUUCUCUAGUUGUUGUCCUCUCUGGAUUCAGCCCAUGAUCAUAUAGAUCCAUAAGCACUCGAUUUAAGAAAGGGAUCUGCUGAACGAAAGAACGAUGGUCAGGAGUUUAUGGAGAUACCUUCAAAUCAGAUUUAUAAAUCCUUUAAAUUUAUUUAUUAAUAUAGAUUUCUUGAUUUUUGAAUUA